AUGGAUGCUGCAUAUGAUUACUCUAUGGGAAGAAAGAGGAGAGGUGAGGAGCAGACUCUGGGUGUUCCAGUCAACAAAAGGAAAUCACUGCUAAUGAAACCUCGUCAUUACAGCCCCAACAUGGCUUGCAAAGAAGAGACUGAGGACAGGACUGACGCUGAGGAGGACAAUCACAUCUUGCAAACAGAUGAUCAUUCCACUGCAGAGGAAGUGAUGAUAAAACCUAUGGAUGACACUCUUUAUUCAACUGCACAAGAAAACUCCAAAAGAAAGGAAGACAGAUAUGCUAGUUAUAAAGACCUGGUGGUCAAAUCUUUAAUGCACUUGGGGAAACUAGAACAUGAAGCUUCUGUACACACUGGGAGGGCAAACCUAAACGACAGUCGCAUCCAGUCUCUGAAAACAGAGGGUGAGGAAGUCCAGGACUGCUUUCUGUUUCCAUCGGAUGAUGGGAAAGGCAGGGACGCCCAGCUCCUGUACUGUUCCUCUGAUGACAGCGAAAGUAACUCGGAGAGCGCAGAGACUGGUUGGGAUAGUGGCUCCAGUUUCUCAGAGGAAAUCAAACCACCCAAAGUUUCCAAGUAUAUUUUAGUGGGCGAUGAAAAAGACCCACUGGAAGUUCCAGAAAUAAAAACAGAGGGUGAAAACUUUAUCCCUUGCGAUAAAAUGUGUGGCAAUGAAGCCGCAAGGAGAGAGCUUCCGAAGGUUCCUGUGGAUAUCCUGGACUGCCAAGCCCAGUCUGCCUUCCCCAAGCGCCAGGAUGCUGAUCAGGAGAGCCUGCCUACCUUGACCCCAGAGUCUGGAGACUCUGAGAAAGCCAAGGGCAAUUUAAGUUUGCUGGAGCAAGCCAUUGCGCUUCAGGCGGAGCGAGGCCGUGCGUGCUAUGCGGCUUACAAAGACCUGGACCGGUUUCUGCUGGAGCACCUGGCAGUGGACCACAGGCAAGCCAAAGCCGCAGACCUGGGGGCAAGACCAAUCUUCAACAGCAAACACUCUCCAAGGCCUGACAAGAGGGAGACCAAGUGCCCCAUCCCAGGAUGCGAUGGCACAGGCCACGUGACCGGGCUCUACCCGCACCACCGCAGUCUCUCAGGCUGCCCCCACAAAGUUCGGGUUCCCCUAGAGAUUCUUGCCAUGCAUGAAAACGUGCUCAAAUGUCCCACCCCAGGCUGCACAGGACGGGGCCACGUGAACAGCAAUCGUAACACACACCGAAGUCUUUCUGGUUGUCCAAUUGCUGCAGCUGAAAAAUUGACAAUGUCCCAGGAUAAAAAUCAACUUGAUUAUCCUAAAAGCGGGCCAUGUCCUGACCAGGUUCACAGGACAAAUGUAGUGAAGCAAAUUGAAUUCAAUUUCCAAUCACAAGCCAUAGCCUCUUCCAGAGCCACUGUGUCAAAAGAACAAGAGAAGUUGGGGAAAGUACCAUUUGAUUAUGCCAGUUUUGAUGCUCAAGUUUUUGGCAAGCGCCCACUCCUACAAACAGGACAAGGACGGAGAACACCACCAUUUUUUGAAGCAAAGCAUUUCUCAAACCCGCUGAAAUUUCCGAGCCGACUGCCUAGUGCAGGCGCCCACACACAGAGCCCUGGCCGUGCCAGCUCUUAUAGCUAUGGUCAGUGUAGUGAAGACACCCACAUAGCAGCAGCUGCUGCCAUCCUGAACCUUUCCACCCGCUGCAGGGAAGCUGCUGAGGUCCUCUCCAACAAACCGCAGAGUCUGUCUGCCAAGGGGGCUGAAAUAGAAGUGGAUGAAAAUGGCACAUUGGACUUGAGCAUGAAAAGAAACCGAAUACUGGACAAGGCUGUACCUCUAACUUCCCCUAACAAUUCCAACCCAACUCCUUCCUCUUCCCCAUUCAAAACAAAUAGCCUUUUGGUCAAUGCAGCAUUUUAUCAAGCUCUCUGUGACCAAGAAGGUUGGGAUACUCCUAUCAACUAUAGCAAAGCCCAUGGGAAAACAGAGGAAGACAAAGAGAAAGACCCAGUGAGCUCUCCAGAAAAUUUAGAGGAAAAGAAGUUUACUGGAGAAGCCUCCAUACCAAGUCCUAAACCCAAGCUCCAUGCAAGAGAUCUCAAAAAAGAACUAAUCACUUGCCCAACUCCAGGAUGUGAUGGAAGUGGUCAUGUAACAGGAAACUAUGCUUCUCACCGCAGUGUUUCUGGGUGUCCUUUAGCAGAUAAGACUCUUAAGUCCCUUAUGGCUGCUAAUUCUCAAGAGCUGAAGUGCCCAACACCAGGCUGCGAUGGAUCAGGUCAUGUGACUGGAAACUAUGCUUCCCACAGAAGCUUAUCUGGCUGCCCUCGUGCCAGGAAAGGUGGUGUCAAGAUGACCCCUACCAAGGAUGACAAAGAAGACCCGGAACUUAAGUGUCCUGUGAUAGGCUGUGAUGGCCAAGGUCACAUCUCAGGUAAAUACACCACCCACCGCACAGCUUCUGGCUGUCCUCUGGCUGCCAAGAGACAAAAAGAGACUCAUCUCAAUGGGGCUUCUCUCUCCUGGAAACUCAACAAACAAGAACUGCCCCAUUGCCCUCUGCCUGGCUGCAAUGGUCUGGGACAUGUCAAUAAUGUUUUUGUCACUCACAGAAGCUUAUCUGGAUGUCCUCUAAAUGCACAAGCCAUCAAAAAGGGCAAAGUCUCUGAAGAACUCAUGACCAUCAAGCUCAAAGCAACUGGGGGUAUAGAAAGUGAUGAAGAAAUCAGGCAUCUGGAUGAAGAAAUAAAGGAAUUGAAUGAAUCCAACCUUAAAAUUGAAGCAGAUAUGAUGAAACUGCAAACCCAGAUCACGUCUAUGGAGAGUAACCUGAAAACCAUAGAGGAGGAGAACAAACUUAUCGAACAGAACAAUGAGAGCUUGCUGAAGGAGUUGGCUGGACUAAGCCAAGCUCUCAUUUCUAGCCUUGCUGACAUCCAGCUCCCACAAAUGGGGCCUAUCAGUGAGCAGAAUUUCGAAGCAUAUGUAAAUACACUCACAGACAUGUACAGCAAUCUGGAGCGGGACUAUUCCCCAGAAUGCAAAGCCCUGCUGGAAAGUAUCAAACAGGCAGUGAAGGGCAUCCAUGUGUAGAAUCACAGCUCGCCGGCAACAGAAGUCACCAACAGCAGAACUCCACGUGGGUCUAGGAGGGGUUCCCCAUACUGCUAAAUCCAGCAGAUUACCUACUGCAUCUACAGUUGCAACAUUGCACUAAUUUUUGCCCCAGCUGACAUAAACAGGAAAGGAAAACUACGAUAGAUUGUUUGGGUUAAAAGCAAUGCAGUCAAAUAUUAAAUCUUAUUUAUUUUUCAUAUAUUUUUCUUUUAUUUCUUCUUUUUUGUGUUUUUUGUAAAGCAUACGUAAAAUAAAUGUGACAUUUUUAUACUUUAUUUAUUUCUAAUCAAAGAGGUAUUUAUCUUUUAACUGCAUUUUGAAGUCUGCCAUAUUUUUACAAGUAUGUUUAUUAAUUUAUUUUCCAAUGGAAUUUAAAUAGAAAUGCUAUUUAAACUACGUAUCUUACUGGGUUUAAAGAAGGAAACAAAAAGUGUGAAGGAAAUUUUGUCUAAGGACUGCACUAUGGUCUCUUUGAUAUUUGCGUUCUUUUCUUCCCCUUUCACUGGCUUUCUUCUAUUUAUGAAAAUGUUUGCUGUGAUGUGAGAUGUGAGGAAUAAAGAACAAGAAAUCAAAUAGCGCCCACUAGUGGGAAUCGCACGCUCACUAAAGCACA